AUGUCUAUCCCAACGACUGAACUCGUUAUCUUCAAUACUACAGAGGCAAUUCGUAAUGAUAGCUCAAUUUUACGCCCUGCGUUCGAAAUAGUUUCCAAGUCAGAUGGUGUCCAGAUGCCCGCCUAUGUUGGAACGCAGAUCGAAAAUCCAGCUAAAGGCUAUGUCUUCUUGAACUGGGAUAGCCUAGCUCAUCAUCAGGCUAUGAUGGCGUCCCCCACAUAUGCUUCUUUGCUUGAAGCUCUGAAACCCGCAUACGGGGGUUGGUCAAAGAUGUACCAUGUAAUUUUCAAUGCCCAUCCCAUCGCAUUCCAGCAACCUGUCACGGAAGUCCUCCUCCUCACCCUCAAGAACCCCAGUCAUCGCACCGAGGUGUUCGAGAUCCUCACUAAGAUCUCGGACUCGACCAAGCAGAUGCUCGUGUUUGGGCCUACGCUGGAAGAUAACAAUGUGAUUAUUGCUGUUGGUGGUUGGCAGAGCGUUGAGGCUCAUUGGGAGAUGGUUGCCAAUCCUGAGCCGAAAGCUGCGCUCGAACGGCUGUACACUCUCGCCAACAAAGACCAUCUGUUCCACUCUACCCUGACCCAUUACACGGGCAAGUAG